CGGGAGGCCAAAGUUCGCAAACAACAUGGCGGAACGCACAGAGAGGAAGAGCGGUGUUUAGAGUUACUUCUCUGCAAAACAUUAAAUGAUGUUACUGAAAUUUCAACAUUUCAGAAUCAUUCCACAAAUUAAAACAUGAGAAAAUGGAUUAGAUUGAUGCUCAGGCAAGAAAGAGGAUGUAUUUUCUCUAAACUACUGUGCAUUAAGGAUUUCAUGAAGCUCAUAUGAAAUACCGCCUAUCAACUGUGUUUCACAGGGUUUGAGUGAAUAAACCGUGGAGUGAUGAAUCGCAAGAAAGACAAGGGCUUUGAGAGCCCACGACCGUAUAAAUUGACCCAUCAGGUUGUCUGCAUCAACAACAUUAACUUUCAGAGGAAGUCUGUCAUUGGUUAUGUGGAGCUUACCAUCUUUCCUACAGUGGUUAACCUGAAUCGGAUCAAAUUAAACAGCAAACAGUGCCGAAUCUACAGGGUGAGAGUGAAUGAUCUCGAAGCUCCUUUCAUCUACAAUGACCCCACGCUGGAGGUCUGCCAUCAUGAGUCCAAACAGAGGAACCUGAAUUACUUCUCCAGUGCUUACACAGCAGCUGUUAGUGCUGUGGACCCAGACGCUGGGAAUGGCGAGCUUUCCAUUAAGGUUCCAUCAGAGCUCUGGAAGCAGGGAGAUGAGAUGAAAGUUUUAAAAGUGUACAUUGAGUUCUCACUGGACCAGCCAAAGGGAGGACUGCACUUCGUAGUACCUGACGUGGAAGGAAGUAUGGCAGAAAGAGCGGCCCACGUCUUUUCCUUCGGCAACCAGAAUUCCACACGGUUUUGGUUUCCAUGUGUAGACUCCUACUCAGAGCUGUGCACGUGGAAGCUGGAGUUUACUGUAGAUGCCUCUAUGGUUGCUGUGUCUUGUGGGGAUCUAGUGGAGACUGUCUACACCCAUGACAUGCGCAAGAAAACCUAUCACUACAUGCUUCCCAUCCCCACUGCGGCCCCGAACAUCUCUUUGGCUGUGGGACCUUUCGAAAUUCUGGUUGAUCCCUACAUGCAUGAGGUGACUCAUUUUUGCCUGCCUCAGCUUCUUCCCCUGCUGAAACACACCAUGUCCUUCCUGCAUGAGAUCUUUGAGUUUUAUGAGGAAAUCCUCACCUGCCGCUACCCCUACUCUUGCUUCAAGACCGUCUUUGUGGACGAGUCCUAUGUGCAGCUCUCAUCUUAUGCAUCCAUGAGUAUUUUCAGUACCAACCUCCUGCACAGCGGUAUGAUCAUAGAUCAGACUCCUCUCAGUAGACGUUUCCUGGCCCAGGCUUUGGCCCAGCAGUUCUUUGGAUGCUUCAUCUCUAGAAUGUCCUGGGCGGACGAGUGGGUUUUGAAAGGAAUAUCAGGAUACAUUUAUGGUCUCUACCUGAAGAAAACCUUUGGAGUCAAUGAAUACCGUCACUGGAUCAGGGAGGAACUGGACAGGAUUGUGGAAUAUGAGCUGAAGAUGGGAGGAGUCUUGCUGCAUCCCACUUUCUCUGGUGGAAAAGAAAAAGACAAUCCGACACCCCACCUUCACUUUUCUAUCAAACACCCCCACACGCUGUCCUGGGAAUAUUAUAAGAUGUUCCAGUGCAAAGCUCACCUGGUGAUGAGGCUCAUUGAGAACAGAAUCAGCAUGGAGUUCAUGCUUCAGGUGUUUAACAAGCUCCUAAGUCUGGCCAGCACGGCAUCGUCCCAAAAAUAUCAGUCUCACAUGUGGAGUCAGAUGCUGGUGUCCACCUCUGGAUUCCUUAAGUCUAUCUCCAAUGUGUCGGGAAAGGACAUCGGACCCCUCAUCAAGCAGUGGGUAGACCAGAGUGGGGUGGUCAAAUUUUUCGGCAGCUUUGCCUUCAAUAGGAAAAGAAACGUACUGGAGCUAGAGAUCCGUCAGGACUACACAUCUUCUGGCACUCAGAAAUAUGUGGGCCCAAUUAAAGUGACCGUGCAGGAGCUGGAUGGUUCAUUUAACCACACCCUACAGAUAGAGGAGAACAGUUUGAAACAUGACAUUCCCUGUCACUCCAAAAGCAGAAGGAACAAGAAGAAGAAAAUCCCUCUGAUGAAUGGAGAAGAAGUAGAUAUGGACUUAUCAGCCAUGGAUGCUGACUCUCCUCUGCUGUGGAUACGGAUCGAUCCGGACAUGUCGAUCCUGCGGAAGGUGGAGUUCGAGCAGGCGGAUUUCAUGUGGCAGUAUCAGCUGCGCUAUGAGAGGGACGUGGUGGCCCAGGAAGAGUCUAUUUUAGCACUGGAGAAGUUUCCCACACCUGAUUCACGACGCGCUCUCACUGACAUACUGGAGCAGGACCAGUGCUUCUAUAAAGUCCGCAUGCAGGGGUGCUUCUGUCUGGCCAAGAUUGCUAAUUCUAUGGCGAGCACAUGGAUGGGUCCACCAGCCAUGAAAUCUCUCUUCACACGCAUGUUCUGCUGCAAAAGCUGCCCGAAUAUUGUCAAGACCAACAACUUCAUCAACUUUCAAAGCUACUUUCUGCAAAAGACCAUGCCAGUGGCCAUGGCCCUGCUCAGAGAUGUCCAAAACCUUUGUCCCAAAGAUGUCCUGAACUUCAUAUUGGACCUCAUUAAAUACAAUGACAACCGAAAAAACAAGUUUUCUGAUAACUAUUAUCGUGCUGAGCUGAUUGAUGCCUUGACAAACUCGCUGACACCUGCCAUCAGCAUUAAUAAUGAGGUGCGCACAGUGGACAACUUGAACGCAGAUGUUCGUCUGAUUUUGGAGGAAAUCACACGCUUCCUAAACAUGGAAAAACUGCUGCCGAGCUAUCGGAACACCAUUACUGUCAGCUGCUUACGGGCCAUUCGAAUGCUACAGAGGAACGGCCAUAUUCCCAGUGACCCCAGUCUGUUUAAGUCCUACGCCCAGUACGGCCACUUCGUGGAUGUAAGGAUUGCAGCACUGGAGGCUGUAGUGGACUACACCAGAGUUGAGAGAUGCUCAGAUGAACUGCAGUGGCUUCUGGAUCUUGUGCAGAAUGACCCAGUGCAUUACAUAAGGCAUAAGAUCCUAAGCAUGCUGGCCAAAAAUCCACCCUUCACUAAAGCUGCAGAGUCUUCGUUGUGCAAUGAAGCUUUAGUGGACCAACUGUGGAAGUUGAUGAACUCAGGUACUUCUCAUGACUGGCGUCUGCGCUGUGAUGCGGUGAAUCUGUAUUACGCUCUGUUUGGUCUGACUCGUCCCUCCUGUCUGCCGCUGCCUGAGCUGGGUCUCGUCUUGAACCUUAAGGAGAAGAAAGCUGUUCUCAACCCCACCAUCAAACCUGAGCCGGGUUCUGGAGGUCCAGAGGUGACCGCUAACAUGACCUUCACCAGCACUCUGGAGGAGGAGCAGCAUGUUGUCAUUGAGCCAGCCUUAAGUGGUGUUGCCAUGGCCCCGCAGGGUUUAAAGAGAAAGGCGGAGACUCCGUUAGGUUCAUCACCUGAACCGGGACAGAUUAUGCAGGAGGAGCCUAUUGUUAAACUUUCUGUCAAGGGCAGAUUCCCAGGAACGCAGGAAGAGGAAGAUAUUGAUAUGGACACAGUUCAUGACAGCCAGGCGUUCAUCUAUCACCAUCUGAACAUGCUGGAGAGACCUUCAACUCCAGGUAAAGAGCCAUCGUCAGUGGAGCAGGCCAUAUUGUCCAUGCCAGGAACACCCAUGCCCCUACUGAGUAAAGAGAGCCUGUCCUCCAAACAUGGAGAUCACCACCACCAUCAUCAUCAUCACCACCACGAGCACAAAAAGAAGAAGAAGAAACACAAACACAAGCAUAAACACAAACACAAGCACGAAAGUAAAGACCGAGAUUCUCACGCCUUCAGUAAUAGCCCUGCCAGUGGUCGCUCCAUUCGUUCACCAUCUAUGUCUGACUAAAAAUACAAAUUUUAAGGAGUUUUUUUUAAUAGUUUUAUUUAGUUUAUUAUGUUUUACCCAAUAAACACCAGAUACCCAGAAUGCACUGCAGUUGAAGAAAUGGUUUACCUUAAAAUGACAGUCCUGUGUUGACUUACUCCUGUUUAAGUUGUUUGGACCUUGACUGCUAUUGUUGUGCUUCAGAAGACUAAAAAAUGGUGGUGCUGCUUUUUGGGAGCUUGGCAACUCUUUGUCACUAUGAAGUGUCAUUGUUAGGCAAAAGCUGCAUUAAAAUUUCCUCAAAAAAAUUAUACUUUUGUAUUCAAUUAAAAAGCAUGCCUGCUUAAAACAACACAGGGGUAAACAUCCAAAGUUUCAUUAUAAGGUACUAUUCUAUUAAAUGCUGUUAGUUUUUUUCAUUACUUGCUUUUCAGUUCAUCUGUUCUUUAUUGCAGCUUUGGGGAGCCACUAUGUACCCCAUCUCUGUAAUGACCCGGUUUGUGGUCAUUUGACCACAUGUGAAGUUGCCCGGUUUGUGGCCGCUGAGCCACGUGAAAAAAGAUUUACACACUUUCACCACCAGGGUUAAUCCCACCACUGUCUCUUAAAGUAAAUGUCAACAUUCUGCAAGUACUUUUUUAUAAGGGAACAUUUUACUCCAUAAGCUCUGUGGUCUGUUAACCCCUUUUACCCUUUCCAAUGGUGCUUCAUUAGCCACUGAAAACUGUGAAGGGUCAGUGAAUCUAGUUAGUUUUUUGGUCACUAAACUGUUGCUUUGGAUUUAUACUGUAUUUUGGGCCAUAACUCAUUUUUGUAAGUUUCUCUUCUCUACCCAAUCAUGUAUUUUUAUGUGUUGUUGUAGCAAUUUUAUAAUUCAGUAAUGCAGAUGUUGAAACUAAGUUUUCUUGUUCAUUAGCAUGUUUUUAUAUAAACCCAUAAAGAGACUU